GGGGAUUUCCAUUUUAGUGUGAUAUUUCACUGGCAAAGUACUAGGCAUGAUAUCAAUUUUCCGGGAUGAACAGGAAAAGGACACUGAUUUCCGACACGUUCAAAGUUACAAAACGACGUUUUACAGAGAACACGUUUGGUAAACCACGAUGUGGAGAGGCAGACCAAGAUGGCCCUCUGGACAUGAAAUCCAGUUUGGAGUACCUCAUGACUCUCUUUCCUCGCAAAGUUUUCAACGACUCUCUGCCACCAAUAGUAAUGAAGCAUCAACUGUACAGCCUACACAGUGGCAAGACCUUUGUGGACAGGCAACUGAAUCUGCUCAGGGAGCAGGGAGAGGUGAUGAUGUUCCAGCUGGGUUUUGAUGCAGACACCUUUGGGCUGGUGUUUACAGCAGACUAUAAGGACAAGGUCCUGGCAGGGAUUGCUGGGACAGAGAGCCAAGGAACAGUAGAGAGGUUUCUGAAUAAAGUGGUGCCAUCCUGCACUGAACUCAGCUUCAACAAAGACAAAAUGCUGAAGGAGUUCUUGUUCACGGAUUCAGAGAUCACGCUGCUGGUAAAAUGUGGAGUAUUGACAGUCAGAGAUGCUGGCAGCUGGUGGCUUUCAGUUCCCAACUCUGGCAAAUUCACCAAGUACUUGAUUCAAGGACGGAAAGCUGUAAUGAAUAUGGUCAAAAAAGCCAGAUAUGGGGAGGUCUUGAAGAAUGAGCUGGAGGAGAGGCGCACCACCUCCCAAGUGAAGUUUCCCAUUAAAUACCACAUCUAUGACCUCAUGGGCGCAGAGCUGGUGGAAAGCAUACCAACAACAUCAGGAACACUGCUCCGUUACGUGGACACAUGAACUCCAAAGUGCAGUUGCACAUUCAGAGAUUGCCAUUGAAUGGAUUUAAUUUAUUGCCUUGUGUUGAGAAGAGAUUGUGAUAAAUUGGAGUUGGAGAACUGCCAUUUCACAUUGUAAAAUAAAAUAUUUUGUUGUA